AUGCUCGUAGGCAGCACGCUGUGCGCGGCAGCUCAGACCUGGGGCAUGCUGCUGCUGGGACGGGCGCUACAGGGCACGAGUUCUGCGGGGAUCAUGAAUAUUAUCAUGAUCAUCCUCGCAGAUAAAGUCUCCCUGAAGGAGAAUUCGAAGAAUAAUACGAUAUUCGUGUUUGUAUCGGGGGUUAGCUACUCGAUUGGGCCGGUUAUUGGAGGGUACUUGACCGAUGCUAACUGGAGAUAUGUUUUCGUAAUCUCCAUCCCGAUCGCCUUCGUCUCCCACUUCACCAUUUAUUUCCUGCUGCGGAACGAGCUCGUGGAAGGGACUCACUUCCGCAAAGGGUCACGCUUGUCCUCAAUUCUUCCUGCUCUGGCGACGCUCGAUAUCGGUGGCAUCGUAUUGUUCAUCUUCGGCGUUGGCCUCAUCAUCCUAGGCACGUCCUGGGGUGGAUCGACCUAUCCGUGGACGUCUGCCCAGGUGCUGGCACCGAUCGUCGUGGGCGGCGUGUGCUUCGCUCUGUUCUUCGUCUACGAGUAUUUUCUCGAGCCGGGGAGACUGGUCUCGAGGAUGUUUCCUAAACAGGUCGCCAUGCUGCCCUACAGUCUCUUCUCCAGGAUGGAUACGCUGCUGAUUGCGAUCAUGCAGUUUGCUGCGGGUGCUGCUAUGUACUCUGUCUACUAUUUCAUCGGAAUCUACUUCACGGUUGUCGAAGCCUACCCUGCAGGCAAGGCUGGUACGCAGCUGCUCUACUACAUCCCUGGUCUAGGAGCCGGCGUCUACAUCGCCGCGUAUAUGUGCAAUGUCCGCCCCGGCCAGACCUUCCCGCCCUUGACCCUGGGCACCAUUGAAGAGACGAUCGGGCUGGCCGUGCUCGCGUGGGCGGUAUCAGUCCGCAACACGAAUGUCGUCAACGGGAUGAUGGUGCUCGCCGGCGCUGGGACUGGCUCCCGGUUCAUGCCUGCGUCACUGCAUAUCGCUGGCGUCUGGCCCGAGCGGCUUGCGUCGGCCAUGUCGCUGAUGCGCUUCGCCAUGCCGUUUGGAGGGACACUCGGGCUGACAAUUAUGGGCAGCGUGUUCAACAACAAGUUUUCCGGCGCAUCAUCAUCUUCUGGCCUGGCAGGAGGACUCAACGUCCACAGCACGCAGAGCCUCAGCGCCAUCGCCAAUCUCCCCGCGGCGGCGCAGCAAGUCAUCCGCGCGAGAGGUAAGGAUGGCGUGAUGUGGGCGUUCAUCGCAAUCAUGCCGAUUAUGGGCAUCAGUCUGGUGUCGGGGUUGUUUCUGGGGAAUGUGUGGAUCAAGCCUGCGUCGAAAAGUGGCCAGCAAGACGGACGUCGUGUGGAGGAGGGGCGAGGUGAUGAUGACGAGACGCAAUACAACGAAGUCAUCUACGUGCCGUACUUGUAUGCUCUGUUGAAGGGAAACGUCAACUCCUACAAGCACAUUUCCCGACGACAACAGUUGCCCGGACCAGCCAAAGAAGAGCAGCCGACUCAAAUUUCGAGAGAAGAAGAGAUUGAGCUGCUCUAG